GAAGGAAGUGGUCGCAUACGUCUCUCGCGCUCUCGGUGAUGGUCUGUGACUCGGCUCGUGCGUAGGGCUUCGUGACCGACGUCGUGUUUGUUUGUUUUCGUUUUUCUAAAAGCUUGUGUCUCCCUCCCACUAAAUCCGAUGUGAUGCAGCCGCAGGAAGGAACGAUGAGGGUGAAGAUCUGCAGCAUGGCCCAACAGGCGGCCCUCGUGUGCGGCGUAAUGACGGCCUUCGCGCUCGUCUUCCACAACCUGGCGCAGGACACGGCUGGUACCAGGGCGGCCAGCCCGCGCCUCUCGGCUGUCCAGGGCUGGCCCGAGAGAGCCCCUCGCUCCCUCGGCAGGGACUACGAGCUGCCAGGGGGCGAGAACGCCCUGCAGGAGGGCCAGGGCGAGGGCCAGACGGUGGCGAGGGCGGAGGACCCCCUCGCGGCCGCCGACGCGGGCGACGACGAGGAGGAGCGAAGGAAAGGCCUCCUGAACGCCCUCGUCGCCACGGCCACGGCCAAGCCCACCACCUCCCUCGACGACAUCUUCAUCAGCGUCAAAACCACCAAGAAAUUCCACAAGGAGAGGCUCGAGAUCCUCCUCAGGACGUGGUUCAAGCUCGCGCCCCACCAGACUUGGUUUUUCACGGACGACGACGAUGCCGAAUACCAGAGGAAAACAGGCGGUCACCUGAUCAACACCAACUGCUCAGCGUCCCACAGGAGGACUGCGCUCUGUUGCAAGAUGGCCAGGGAGUUUGAUGCCUUCUUGGAGAGCAAUAAGAGAUGGUGGUGCCACUUCGACGACGACAACUACGUGAACGUGCCCCAGCUGGUGCGGACCCUCGGAGACUACGACCCCACACAGGACUGGUACCUCGGGAAGAACUCCAUCCGGGCGCCGCUGGAGAUUAUCAACAGGGAUAAUGUGUCUCAAAGGAUUUCCUUCUGGUUUGCAACAGGAGGCGCUGGAUUCUGCAUCUCCCGAUCUCUCGGUCUGAAGAUGAUGCCCGUCGCUGGAGGCGGAAAAUUCGUUAGUGUCGGAGAUAAAAUUCGUCUCCCUGAUGACGUCACCAUCGGAUACGUUGUUGAGCACGUACUACGGAGGAAACUGACGGUCCUGGACGAGUUUCAUUCACACCUCGAGUCCAUGAAACUUCUCAACACAGACAACCUCGCCAGUCAGAUCAGCUUCAGCUACUCGAAACACCCGCGGGGGAAGAUGAACGCGCUGCCCAUACACGGCCUCGACGCCUCCCAGGACCCAACCAGAUUCCUUUCCAUCCACUGUCGACUCUUCGGUGACGCCCCUUACUGCCCCAAAUAACAGCUGAAGGAGGCGCAGAAGGAAGAGUAAUAGGCAGUAGAAGACAUAGGAAUUAUACAUAAAAAAAAGGCCUACAUUUUGGAACACAAGAAAGAAAGAGAGAGAGAGAGAGAGA